AUGAAAGAAGCUUUUUUAUCUGAUUCAAUGAAUGUAUUAAUUAAGGAAACUAAUAGUUAAUUAACUAGUCAAUCAGCUUAAUAUGAUCAAAGAUUAAAAACAAUAAUAAAUUAGAGUAUAUAUAUUUCAAUAAGUUAUUAGUUUUCAGAAAACAAAGAAUGUUCUAAAAUAUUUAUUUAUUUGUUGAUGUGAAUCAAAAGAUUAUUCAAACUUAGAUUCCUUUUUAUUGUCCUCCUAAUAUAUCAUAAACAGAAUCUAAAUCUCUUUUUUGUCUUAUGGCAUUUUAAUAUGAUUAAACAAAUUAUACAAUUCUAUAAACAGAAAUCACAAAGUAAUUUUAAGUCAUUUCGAUAUUUCAUGAAACCUUAUUAAUGUUUGAUCCAUCUCAAUUUAUUGCAACAGGCAUAGCUUAUACAUCAAAUGAUGAAAUUCCUAUUUUAGGGACUUGGCCAGCUUUGAAUUCAACUUUAUCUUAUAAUGCUCAUUAACGAUUAUGGUAUUUAAGUCACAUAAAAUAAAUGGGUAAUGGAAAUUAAUACCAAUUUAGUGAUUUAUUUACAACCAUUUUAGGCUCUUACACUAUUGCCAUAUCUCAAAAUCUAACUAAUAAAAAUAAUAAUUUUGAUGGUGUGGUUUUUAAUCUUAUGGAUUUUGGAGUAUUUAAAAAAAAUUUUAAUGCUGAUUACAUCUUAGCUAAUAAUAAAGGUUAGAUCAUUUUAGGAUAAUUUAAUUACCCUGAAAAUACAACAAAACCUGUAUUCUUUUUUAAUGAGUCAAUCACUGGAUUCAAUUAAAUUGAUUGGGAUUAGAUAUCUAUAUUUAUUAAUCAAACAAAUGAUACUUCAAAUAAAAAGAAUUUCAAAUUUCUAAAUAAUUGCUCUUAAGAUGUUUCAAAUUAUUUAUGUAGAUAUAAUUCUUUAUAUAAAUAAGAAGUUCUUUUAAUUGCUAAAUAACUUGAACAUCCUCCUUAUCCACCUCAUAUAGUCAUAAUGUAAUUAAUUAGAUUAUUAUAGAUUUAAGAAUAUAACUGAACUUUAUCAUUAAGUUGAUUUACUCAAUUAAGAUAUAUAUUAAUUAUUUGCUUGGGAAUUUUAACAAAAUAUGUAAAUUUUAAGUAUUCUUGCAAUUGGAAUUAUUUUACUGUUUUUAAUAAUAUUAAAUUAUAUCACCAAAUCAUUAGACCUAUUGAUCAAAUACUCAAAAUUUUAAUAGAAUAAUCUAUAAUAUUUAAAAAAACAUUAGGAAAUGAAUUAAUAAAUAGAAGCCAUAACAAAUUUGUAUACCUUUAAAUAAAACUAAUCAUUAAAAAAAUUAUCUGAAAAUGCAUUAGAUUAAUUAACUUUACAAUAUUUUUGUAAUUAUCAAUUAUAGUGUAGAAUUACUUUCGAAAUUAAAGGGUUAAUAAGGAGAAUGUAAAAAAUCUGAAGAAUGCCUUUAAAUGGAGUAAACGUAGUACCCAAAGACUAGAUUAUACUUAAAGUUUUAGAAAAAUUAUUAUUUGCAUGAUUAUCAAACUAAUUUGGAAGAAAACACUGUUAAUCAACUUAUAUAUUAUUUUUUAAUUAAAAAGUAAUAAUAAUGA